GUCCAGGUGGAGACACGAUGGUAAAGCUGUACUGUUGGGGUGACAGCUCCAGUGGAAAGCUCGGUCCACAGGAAUGCCUCAGCCCGGUGUCCUGGUCUGUCCCCGGGGUUAUCACCGACAUCUGCUGCGGGGAGCAGCACACUUUAUUCCUCAGCGGGGAGGGCGGCGUUUUAUCAUGUGGAAACAACUCUCGGGGACAACUUGGGCGAAAGAACCUUAAAGAUGGAGGGUCAAUUGGUCGUGUGGAGGGGCUGGGCGAUGUGGUGGCGAUAGCUUGUGGUCAGGACCAUUGUCUGGCUGUGUGUGAAUCUGGACAGGUUUUCUCCUGGGGCGCAGGAGAGGACGGACAGCGAGGCCUUUUACCAAAUCUACUCAGCAACAGACCAAGUCGAGUGCAGAUCCCACUGCCAAUACCCGUGAUUCAAGUUGCAUGUGGAAACUCCCACUCUCUGGCUCUGACUAAAGGAGGCGAUGUCUUCUCAUGGGGUUUGAACAGCCAUGGUCAGCUCGGCCUGGGGAAAGAGGUGUCGCUGCAGUUUGAACCUGAACCGGUGUUCGCUCUGAGCGGCGUAGCGGUUACCCAGGUUACGGCCGGAGCAACCCACUCCCUGUUCCUCACACUCCCAGGCCUGGUGUACUGCUGUGGGGCCAAUAAAUCUGGCCAGCUGGGUCUCAACAGGGUGGAUGUGAAGGGCAGGUUCAACAUCUGCAUGGUACCCGCACUCAGACCUCUAGGUGUCUCCUUCAUAAGCUGUGGAGAGGCACACUCUGCUGUGUUAACUAAGGAUGGCAAGGUUUUCACUUUUGGAGAGGGAAGAUACGGUCAGCUCGGUCACAACUCUUCUGAUAAUGAAGUGAUACCCAGACUGGUGGAUGGUAUGGAUGGACCCGCAUCACAGAUUGCCUGUGGCAGACGUCAUACACUGGUUUUGACCUCCUCUGGCAAGCUGUGGGCUUUUGGCGAUGGGGCCAGAGGUCAAAUUGGGACAGGACGAACAGAAAGAAGUCUGACUCCUUCUCUGGUACAACUUCCAGAGACCACUGAAAGUGUAGCAGCCGUACCCGAGGAAAUGAAAAUAUCAGCUGGGUGGAAUACAAACUACACCUACUCUUCACCUCCACAGCGUUUGGACAAAGGACGGAUAACUGGCCGACUUGACAAGACCAAACUUCAACAAUGGCUGUCAAUGAAACAUGGCAACGUUGAGGCAAAGAGGGAAAUAUCUCACAUGUUUCUGACAAGUGCAAGUCUUGUUGCAAGUUUCACAAAGGCUGAUGGGUCUCCAUCAGAAGCAGGUGCUUUAACUGUGGACCUCGAUGCAGCUAGCAAAGCUUUCGACCAGAUGCUGGCAGUACCAUGGAUCAGACAAUCAGUAAAUCUUACAAUCCUCAUUGGUAACCUCUGCUCUUCAAACCGUUUCCUAAAAUCACCAGAAAUCUUACUGAUUCUGCUGACAUGUCCCCUCUUCCAAGAGGAGUGUAAUGUCAUGCAGUUGGUGUUGGCGUUAGCGAUCAGUAUUGAUGAGCUGCCGGAGAAGACUCAAGAAACACUAAGACGCUGGUGGUCUACCGUUGAACCCUCCAUACUGAUGAAGCACAUCUUGGUGUUCAAAAAAGCCAUGGCCUUCAUGCUCAGAAAUGGCCUCCUGAUAACUCAUAACCCAGGAAUCAAAUUCCUGGCGGAGGUCCUCAAGCUACUUUACAAAGCAAACAAAACUGGAAAGCCCUUCAAAGUCCCACCGAGCACCUUCUACGUAGAGGAAAUCAGUGACAUGGUUAUGGUAGAGCAGGACAUCGCUAUGUGGAUUAAACAGGCUAAAGAAGAGGAUGAUGUCCACACACCCGUCAUUUUCUGCCGCUACCCUUUCCUACUACCUCUGGUUCAAAAGGUGGCAUUCUUUGAGAAGUUUGUGUCAAUCAUAAAGCAAGUGCAAGGUGUCAUUUAUGAACUGGCUUUGAAGUGUCCUGAAGAGCUUUAUUUGGAUGGCCCAGAAUCUGCCCCAGCGCCGGUCUUCCAGCUCACCCUGAGACGCACUCACCUGGUGGAGGACACCUUCAGACAGCUGGGGGCAGCCGACCACUGCGCUUUCAAAAGGCAGCUAUUGGUGCAAUUUGAUGAAGACAGGACGAAGGUGAUGGAUGUCUACAAAAGAGAUUUCUUCCUGUGUGUGUUUAAAAAGCUGAUGGCUCCCGACUCUAAAAUGUUCAUGUUCAACGAGAGCAAACUGGCCUGGUUCCCUGUCAGGCCAAAAGUAGAGGAGAAGACCUACUUCCUGUUUGGCGUUCUGUGCGGCCUGGCUCUCUACAACCACACCCUUGUCAACUUGCGCUUCCCACUGGUUCUCUUCAAGAAGCUACUAAGAGUCAAACCCUCACUGGAUGACAUGAAGGAGUUCGACCCUGUCAUGGGAGAGUCUUGGCAGUUCAUGUUGGACUGCUGUCCUGAGGAAGUCAAAAAGCUGGAGAUUACUUUCAAUGUGCCCUGGGACGGCGAGACAGUUGAACUUGAUCCGACAGAACCUGGGAAAGUUGUGACAGCGUCCAACAGGAAAGAGUUUGUAGACGCGUACAUCAACUAUGCCUUCAACAAAUCAGUGGAGAGAGUGUUUGAAGCAUUCAAGAGAGGCUUCUUCAAGGUGUGUGACAUCGACGUGGUGGAGUUUUUCCAGCCCGAGGAGCUGCAGGCAGUGAUGGUGGGCCAGGAAAACUACGACUGGGAUGUGUUCAAGAAGAACACAGUUUAUGAAGGAGACUACCAUGAAAACCAUCCAAACAUCGUGACCUUCUGGGAGGUGUUUGAGAAUCUGACUGCGGAGGAAAAGAAGAAAUUCUUUCUGUUCCUCACUGGCACCUACCGUGUUCCGUUCCUGGGUAUGGAGAGCGUCCAGAUGAGAGUCACUGUGUUGCCCGAUUCCACCGAGAUCCAUAUGCCAGAAUCCCUCACCUGCCACUGUCUGCUGUUACUGCCGAUCUACCAGAGGUACCCGGUUGAGAGGACCAUGAAGACCAGGCUCCUUCAGGCUAUUAAUCACAACAGAGGCUUCUGGAAGAAAAAAGACAUUGAAGAAUGAAGUAAUGAAGUCUGCAUUACAAACAUUGUUAUAGUUGUUAUUUUUGUCUCAAUAAUCUGCCAAAUGUAGCUGUAGUUCACAGGAGUACAUCAGCAGCCCAUAUUCUAUUUUUCAGUAGUAUGAGAAACGGUAAUGCUUUUAUUUGUUUUUGUUUGCUCUUGAACAUGUUGAAAGUUGAAGAAUCAUUUAUAAAUGUUUUUUGCAAACUC